UAUUCCCCGCAGGACACGUUUAAUGCUCUCCUCUUCCCGACUUUCUACUACACAUUCUCUCUCUCUCUCAUCUCUUUGCGUUUGUGUGAGAAGAGAGUUGCUCUGUAAUGGAAAUCAAAGGUUUUACUCAAGAAGGUUACACACAAGAUGGCUCCGGCGAUCUUCGCGGACGUCCAGUACUUGCUUCUCGAACAGGGAAGUGGAAGGCCUGUGCGUUUCUAGUGGGUUAUGAAGCAUUUGAGAGGAUGGCUUUCUACGGAAUAGCUUCAAAUUUAGUGAAUUAUUUGACGACCCAACUUCACGAAAACACAGUAACAUCAGUGAGGAAUGUGAACAACUGGGCAGGAUCUGUCUGGAUGACACCGAUACUCGGCGCUUACAUUGCGGACUCUUAUGUAGGUCGAUUUUGGACAUUCACCGUGUCAUCUCUCAUCUACGUCCUGGGUAUGGUGCUUCUGACAAUGGCGGUCUCUAUUAGAUCCUUGAAGCCAACAUGUGCUAAAGGCAUCUGUAAUAAAGCCUCUACAUCACAGAUCGCAUUUUUCUACUCAUCUCUCUACAUCAUUGCAGUUGGAGCUGGUGGAACAAAACCCAACAUAUCCACUUUUGGUGCAGACCAAUUUGAUGAUUUCAAUCCCCAUGAGAAAGAGCUCAAGGACUCAUUCUUCAACUGGUGGAUGUUCAGCUCUUUCUUGGGUGCUUUGUUUGCUACUUUAGGGCUUGUCUACAUCCAAGAGAAUGUGGGUUGGGGAUUAGGCUAUGGCAUCCCUACAGUUGGUCUUCUACUCUCUCUGUUUAUUUUCUACUUAGGCACCCCAAAUUAUAGGCACAAGUGUAGAAGGACCAAAAGCCCUGCGAGGGGCCUGGUUCAAGUUCUUACUACGGCCUUGGCGAACCGCAAGUCCAAGCUUCCUAGCGAUCCAUUACAACUUUAUGAGCUUGAGCCACACCAUUAUGUGAUCACUGGAAAGCGACGAGUUCAUCAUACUCCGGCUUUUAGGUUCCUUGACAAGGCAGCGGUCAAAGUCGCGGACGCCAACGCAGGGGGAGGGGGGCCGUCAUCACGGCGACCACCAUGCACCGUGACACAAGUAGAAGAGACAAAGCUUGUAUUGGGGAUGGUGCUAAUAUGGCUAGUUACCCUGAUCCCAAGCACCAUAGGGGCACAGGUAAACACCUUAUUUGUGAAACAGGGUACCACACUGGAUCGGAGCAUUGGCCAUGGCUUCCAAAUCCCAGCUGCAUCACUGGGGAGUUUUGUUACACUCUCAAUGCUCAUCUCUGUCCCAAUGUAUGACCGCUACUUUGUGCCAUUCAUGCGACGGAGGACUGGCAACCCUCGGGGAAUCACACUUCUUCAAAGGCUUGGGAUCGGUUUUGCCAUCCAAUCUGCGGUCACUGUAAUUGCAUAUGUUGUAGAACUGAGGAGGAUGCAUGUUAUAAAGAAAUAUGGAAUCUCCAGCGCCAAAGAGGUUGUCCCCAUGACCAUCUUAUGGCUCCUACCUCAAUAUGUUCUUCUGGGUAUAGCAGAUGUAUUCCAUGCCAUCGGUUUGCUGGAAUUCUUCUACGACCAGUCACCGGAAGACAUGCAGAGCCUUGGAACCACCUUCUUCACUAGUGGAAUCGGCGUCGGCAACUUCUUGAAUAGCUUUCUAGUCACGGUUGUGGAUAACAUAACCGGGAAGGAUGGAAGUAGGAGCUGGAUAGGGAACAACUUGAAUGAUUCUCACUUGGAUUACUACUAUGGAUUCCUUUUGGUGAUUACCACCAUUAACUUAGGGCUCUUUGUGUGGAUUUCCAGCAGGUACGAGUACAAAAUGGAGACCAUUGAAGCGACUCAAAGCAAGGUUUCAUGUGUUCAAAUGGAAACUAGGUCUUUAGACAAUUCUCUUGGGUUACCAGCCUGACAAGGGAUUGAAGAAAAAAUCUUCUGUGCAAGACAAUUAAUCUAGCUAGCUUUGUAAUAUAUGUAAGAUAUAUAUUACAUGUUCUAAAUUCGAAAACUCAGAGUCUGAGACUCAAUUUAAAAGCUUACUGACUUGAUCAGUUUAUGGGCGACUCAA